GGGGGGGGGGGGCGGUGGCGGGGGCCAGCAGCUGAGGAGCUUAGGCGGUCAGGUGAUCGUGCCCCCGUGAUGAGCUGAGGUGACGGACAUCGGCCUUCAAAGUUUGCCAACGUGGGCUUCAAAUAUAAUAUAACGUUUAUAUUUACCAAAUGCGAACGAAGAACUUCCUGGCAAGGGCCUAACUGUGCACCUAACAAGGGCUGUCUUACUCUGCUCGCGGUCGACAAGGCACGUCAAAUGCACGCAAGACAAUAAUGGCAAACCAUGAAGGCUCGGGUAGCAGGGAUAGGAGCUGCGACAGCGCCAGGCAAGCUACAGCAGAUGGCAUACCGAACGCACAGGUUCCGGAGACGGCGUCGCUGGACGUCGAGAGCUGCGUCUUGGCGAUGCGAAACCAGCUUGACGUGCAAAUGGCGUUGAGUGAGACACUCACCAGCUCGCUAGUUACCAUGAUUGCUCAGGCGGCUACGCUGCGCCAAAUGCUUGAGACUGCGCUGCGUGGCCCGUCGGCAAGCGGCGGCGGCCGCGGCACCGCAGCCACGGCGGCCAUGGCCGCAGCUGGCCCUCGCGCGCCCUUCCUCCCAUUGCCCCAUCAGUUCCGCCCAGGGGCCGCCGCCACUGCCGGCGCUGCUACUGCCGGGUGUACCACCACUGCUGAGCCCGCCGGCGGCAGCGGCGGCUGCCUAGUCGCCAGCAACGGCAACACCAGCACCACCACCGCCGUCGGCAGCGGCGGUGGCCGCGGGGCUGGAGGCGCCAGCGCCCUCAGCGGCAGCAGCAACAGGGGCGGUCGAGGCAGUGCCGCAACAGGGCGCGCCGGGGUAGGCGGCAGCGGCGGUGCCGCCGCCGCCGCCGCUGCGGCUGCCAGCGCCAGCGGCCGGGACGGCGCCAGCGGCAGCCUCGCGAGCCACGGCGGCAGCGCGGGCGCCGCCGCCGGCGCCGUCGCCGCCGGCGCGCCCGACUUGAUGCCUGGCGGCGCGGGGCCCCGGGAUGGGGAUGGCGGCGAGUGGCGGGGGGCGCCGCACCGGGGUAGCACCACGGACUUAGUGCGGCUCUCGGCGCAGCACCAGCACCAGCACCAGCACCAGUACCAGCAGCACCAGCACCAGCACCAGCACCAGCUGCAGGGGUCCCGGCAUGGCCAGCGCUACCACCCCCUGCGGCGGCACCUGGCCGGCCCGUCACCGUCAGCUGGAGAGCAGCAGCUGGGUGGCGGCGGAGGUGGAGGUGGAGGCGGAGGUGGCGGCGGCAGCAUUGGUGGUAUUGGCGAUAUUGGUAUUGGCGGUGGUGGUGAGGACGCCGCGCGCUUGUACUCGUCCCCGCCCGCACUGGGCCCGGUGGACUGGCAGCUGCAGCAGCUGCUACAGCCUGGAGGGCCGCAGACGCAGCCGCCCCAGCAGCUACAGCUCCAGGUGCAGCCGCAGCUGCAGCCGCAACUGCCGCGGCAUCACGUGGGUCGCGGCCCCGGUGGCGGCGGCGGUCUUCCCCCAGCGGCUGCAGAAAGAGGGGCUGCGGCUGCUGGUGCUGGUGCUGCUGCUGGUGUUGGUCGUGGUGGGACAGCGGUGUUGAUGACAGCAGUGGCAGUGACGGAGCUAGCCGUGGAGGCCGCCGCGUCAUCGCCGUUGGCCACUGCGCAUCCCGGUCGUGCCGGCGGCGGCGGCACGGGCGCAGAACCUGGUGCGUACACGGCGGCGGCGGCGGCGGCGGGGACCCGAUGGCCUGAGCUCCUGACCCACCCCCAUCGGUAUACACCUGCCUCGGCAGAGGCGCCGCCAGAGUCACCACUGCUGCCCCCGACCGCUGACGCACCCGCGGUUGGGGCGGGAGCUCGCCAGCAGUCGACCAGCAGCAGCAGCGGCGGCGGCGGCGGCGGCGGCGGCGGCGGCGGCGGCGGCGGCGGCUUGAGGAGCCCCUUCCAGUUCUUGAUGGCCCCGCCCGUCGUGGCUGGCGGCGGCGGUGCGGUGUCGCUGCUGCCUCCCGUGCCGCUGGGAAGUCCUGUUGCCCUGGAGUCCCCGCAUGCGUCACCGCACCAAUGGCACCCACACCUACAGUCACACCACAACCACCACUACCAACAUCCACACCCACAUCAGCACCCACAUCAGCACCCGCACCAGCACCCACACCAGCACACACACCAGCAACCACCACAGCUACCAGCGGCAGGCGCCGGCGGUUGGCUGGGUGCCAGUGGUGGUGGUGGAGGGGGAGGGGGAGGGGGAGGGGGAGGGGGAGGGGGAGGGGGAGGGGGAGCCAGGUCGCACCAGCCGGUGCCGCGGCUCUCCUCCACCAAUGCCCUGCUGAUGGCAUGCGGCCUUGAGCCCGUGGCGGCGGCGACGGCGGUGCCGGCAGCCCCUUACGCAGUCAGGCCUCAGGGGGCGGGGCCGGGAAGUGGAAAUGGAGGUGGCGUGGGAGCACUAGCGGCGCCGACGUCGCCCGCGGUGGCUGCGGGAAGCAGCGGUGCGGCGGCGGCGGCAGCGGCGGCGGCGGCGGGGCUUGGGGUCUGUCUCGGGGGCGUAGCUAGCAGCCACACGCAGCUACAGCCCCAGCAGGCGCGGCCGCCACUUCCUCCUCCUCCUCCUCCGCCGCCGCCGCCGCCGCCGCCGUACCCAUACCAGCAGCACCACCACCAUCCGGCAUCGCAACCACACCCCUCGCCCUUCGACUCCAGCGCCGCCGCUGCCGCCCCCAACUCCGCCGCCACCUUUUUCCGCCGCAGCAGCCGCCUGAGCAGCCUGGGGCUGGACGACUUCCUGACAGCCGCCUUCGACAGCUGCGCCGGUGGCGGCGGCGGGCAGCAGCCGCAGUACGGCAGGAGGAGCAGUGCGGGUUACGGCAGCGUACUUACUGGGUACGGCAGUGACGUCAGCAUUGGGGAGCUGCUGCGGGCCGGCAGCGAUAGCCUGCUGCUGUGCGGCGGUGGGUACGGCGGCGGCGGGAAUGGCGGCGGCGGCGGCGGCGGCGGCGGCGGCGGUGGCAGCCGCACUCGUAUCACGACGCCGGGGCUUCUGCUGGAGGUGGCGGGGGGCGCCGCCACCGGCGUCGUGGGCGGGACUGGGGGCGAGGGGGCUGUCGUGGCGGCGGCGGCGGCGGCGACCGUUACGGCUGCUGCGCCCGCUGGGCGUGGCGAGGCCGGCGGCGGCGUGGCGGCAGCGGGCGUGGCGGCAGCGGGCGGCGGCAGCGGUAUGCAGAGCUCGCUGUCGCUGUCGCCCCUGGCCCCAGUGACGGACAUGGAGGUGGACUGCGCCGCGGGUGUGGCGGCGUCGGUGCCGGCGGCGUCAGCGGCGGCGGCGGGCGUGGGGGCGGUGUGUGGUGGCGGUGCCGGCACCCGCGAUGCGGCUGCUGCGGUUGGGCGCAGGCGCAGCGAUGACAGCAGCGACGGCAGCGGCGGCGGCGCAUCGGCGGCUGAGGCGGAUUACGAUGGCGAGGACGAGAGCGGCGGCGACGGCGGCGGGACCUGGAAGCGGCAGCGGCGGUGGCGGCGGCGGCGGCGCAACGGCGAUGGGGGCGGCGGCGGCCCUGACGUCGCAGCGUCUGACGGCGAGGACGGCCACCGCUACGCUGCUGUGCAACGGCAGCUGCAGCCACAACAGCAACAGCACCUGCCAGCAGUAGCCGUGGUGGUCCGCUCAGCAGCAGGCGAGAGGCCGCUGCUGCCACCGGCGGACGACCCACCACACCGGGCACCGGCCCCCGCCACCGCCGCCACCCUCCUCCGGCAGCCCCGCAGCACGACGCCUAUGGCCGCAGCAGCGCUGGCCGCCGCUGCGGCAUCGAAGUCAUCAGCGGCUCCAGUGGCGGGGACGGCCCCGGUGGCGACGGCGGCGGCGGCAACGUCGGCGGCGCAGCACCUGAGGCCUGCUGGCAGCGCGCCCUCCCCGACUGGUGGUGGCGGUGAGCCUGCCAGCAGCCUGCACCAGCAGCAGCUGCAGCUGCAGCUGCUGCAGGCGCAGGUGCAGGCGCGGAUCCAGCAGCUGCAGCAGGAACUGCAGGGGGAGCUGCAGCAGCGGCAGUGUCCAGGCAAGGGCGUGGCCGGCCCACAGAUCAGCAGGGGCAUCAGUGGCAGCGGGGGUGGAGGUGGAGGCGGCGGCGGCGGCGCGCUGGCGCCGCAAACGGGCGCGCCCACUGCGGCUGUCGCUGCGGAUGUUGCUGCCCAGACCUCCUACCCGCAGCAGCCCCAGCAGCCGCCGUUGCAGCCGCAGCAGCACCAGCAGAUGCAGGAGUCUGCAGGCGCGACAAUACCGGUGCUGGCGGCGGCGGCGCACCACACAGCCGCCGCCGCCGCUGCCGCAUGGGACCCACAGCUGGGCGGCGGCGGGGAGGCGCGGGACCGGCACCCGCCGCCGCUCAAGCGCGCGCGCAUGUCGCCACCGCCGCUACCGCAGCAGCAGCAGCACCAGCCGCCGCCACACCACCACCACCACGAGCAGCAGCAGCAGCAGCAGCAGUUGCUACAGCCGCACCGACCACUGCCGCAACAGCAGCAGCAGCAGCAGAUGCAUGGGCUGCUGCCGCCACUGCCCUGGCAGCCGCCUCAGCGCUCCGGCGCAUCGGCACCGGCGCAACAGGCGCGUGAGCUCCUGCCGCUGGGCUCUGCGGGUGCGGGUGCGGGUGCGGGUGCGGGUGCGGGUGCCGGCGGCGGUGGUGCCGGCGGCGGCAGUGCGCCUGCUACUGCUGGCCCCGGCUCGAGCCCGCACCCGCAACAGCAACAGCAGCAGCAGCAGCGGCACCACCACGAGUCCCAGCGGCACCAGCAGCAACAACAGGCGCAGCAGCAGCAACAGGAGCAGGAGGUGCAAGCGCAGCUGCAACUGGGGUCCGCGGCGGCGGCUGAAACGCUGCGUCGUCGCCUGCCAGGUACGCGCAUGCCCGGCAAUGGCACGACAGGCGCGGGCACCGGUGCCGCUGCUGGUGCUGCUGCUACUGGUGCUGCUGGUGGUGCGGCGUUGGCAUCAUCACCGAUGGCGGCGCUGGUGCCGCCUCUGCAGGCGCUGCAGGCGCUGAGUCAGCAGCAGCACCGCCUCCUGUUGCAGCUGCAGGCGGCGGAGCGGCAGCAGGCGGCGGAGAUGACGGAGCAGUACCAGCAGCUCAUGGCGGCGGCGGCGGCACAGCAGCGGCACCAGCAACAACGUUGAAGGCAGCAGCAACAUGGGAGGCAGCAGCAAUGUGGAGGGCAGCAGCAACGGUAAAGGGCCGGCCUGCAACGCUCUUGUGCAAAGGCCGAUGGACUUGGGAGUGGGUUGGGCACACACGCACUGAGGGGCUUGACACGGGCGGACAUUUCGCGUGCAGCCCGCUUGGGCGGUCUGUUUUGGUAGAUGCGGGUAGCGAGGCUCUUUUGGAAGGUGGGAACAGCAGAGGCUAUCGCGGAGCCCAUUUUGCUAUGCAACGUGUUGAGAAGAUAAGACAUUGAGAAUGGUAAUCACGGUUGGCCAAUCAUACGUACGUGUGGUAAUUCACAGGAUGGACGUCUGCUAUGAACAAGCAUGCCCUAGUGCUGAAGCUCAAAUGCUCGUC